AUGACAGAUACUUGUAAAGGCUUAGAACCGUUUAGUUUCCAAGGAAAUAAUAUUUCACACGAGUGGAAAUUUUGGAAGCAAAAGUUCCAGUUAUUUUUAACAGCCUUCGGCAAGAGUGAAAAACCAGACCACAUAAAAAUCGGUAUUCUCGUAAAUCAGCUGGGAGAUGAAGGGCUAAAGAUAUUCAAUACCUUCGAGUAUGAAAAUGUUGGAGAUGAUCAGAAGUACAAUGUUGUUUUGUGUAAGUUUGAUACAUACUGCAGCCCUCUUAAGAAUUUAUUUUUUGAACAUUUUAAAUUCUUUAAAAGAGAUAAAUUACAAAAUGAAAGUAUCGAUCAGUUUGUAACUGCCUUGAAACAAUUAGCAUCAACAUGUGAGUUUACAAAAAAGGAUACUUUAAUUUUGGACAGGAUUGUUUUGGGUACACAUGAUCUACAAAUUCAAGAAAAAUUAUUACAAUGUUCUGAUUUAAAACUAGCACAAGCUAUAGACAUCUGUAGGGCUAUGGAAAAUAGUGCUGUUACUCAACGUGAAAUAUCCAAAGAAAGUGAAAGUAUUAGUAGUUUUGUGAAGAAAAGAAAGGAAGACAACAGACCUGUAUCUACAGGACAGUCACGGUAUGGUUCAAAUAGUGACUCUGAUGAUGAAUCCAUGGAAAAAGAAUCAAGUAGGCCUGAUGAAAAAGUUCAAGGUUCUAAAAUAACUCCUCUAAGAAACAAAAUUAAAAGUCCAAGAAAAUUGAAAGAACUGAAGGCUGUGGCUAAGUCUUCCUUGCAAAGAAACGCCUUUAUGGCUCAUUCUGAACACAUCCUUUUAGGGAUGUUGUUUGACUCUCUAAAACAUAUAAGAGCUUUUGCAGGCAAACGGAUAGAAAAAGCUCGACAGACAGAAACAAGGGCACAUCGAGUCUUCAAACCACCACAAGUUAAUUUUGAGACAGAAGACUACAUCAAUCUCAUUGACUGGCAAUCCACCAGAGUUACAAAACCACCACUUAUGGCUGACUUCAGCAAAGAAGAGAUUGAGAUGAUUGUUAAUUCAGGAAGCAGUGAUAGAAAAGAGUUCAAAAUACCACUUCACACUCAAGCGGUAGAACGAGUUGUAAAGGAAGUUACUGCAGCUUCUAAGCACGUUUUUGGCGUUCAAGAACGAGAAGGCUUUAUAAGAUCAGGAUUAUUGGACAGAAAGUAUCUUCCUAAGUUUGAAACUAAGCGACAGUACACAUUUGCUACAGCUGUAUUGCAAAAAUAA